AGGAGUUUUGUCUUUUUGAUAAUCUGAUACCGAUAGUAAUGUGAGGCUAAGGUCGAUCCUAGGAAGGAUGCCUGAUAAGCAGUCGCUCAUACAGUCCUGGCCCAGACAAGGAAUUUUGUAGUGUGACAUCGAUAGCAAUGCGAGGCCACGUACCAACCAUAUACAACGAACGAGCCUUCACUUACCAGUGAAUCAGCUAGCUCACCCAAGCCUAGUCUAUCAUGGAGCACGAGCAGCUAGUGCAAGCCAGCACGGAGCUGAUGCACCACAGCCUGGGCUACGUCAGGUCCAUGGCCCUCGGGUGCGCCGCCAAGCUCGGCGUCGCCGACGCCAUCCACCGCGCCGGCGGCCGCGCCACCCUCCACGACCUGCACGCCGCGCUGUCCCUCCACCCGACCAAGCUCCCCUUCCUGCGCCGCGUCAUGCGCGUGCUGGUCGCCUCGGGCGUCUUCGCGCAGGUCAAGGAGGAGGAGGACCACUACCGCCUCACGCCCGUGUCGUCCCUGCUCGUCACCGCCGGCAGGACGCUUCUGCCGUUCGUGCUCCUCCAGCACUCGCCGCUCUGCGUGACGCCCGCCACGAGCAUGGCCGAGUGGCUCAAGACCGGCGAGGAGGAGACGGCGUUCGAGAUGGCGCACGGCGCUGGAUUGUGGGGCGCCUGCAGGCGCGCCCCGGAGCUCGGCGAUUUCUUCAACGAUGCCAUGGCGGCCGACUCGGCGUUCAUCAUGGACGCGGCCAUCCGUGGCGCACGCCAGGUGUUCGACAAGAUCACCUCCCUUGUGGAUGUCGCAGGCGGCACUGGCGCGGCGGCGAGGGCGGUGGCUGCUGCGUUCCCGCAUAUCAAGUGCACGGUGCUGGACCUUCCUCACGUGAUCGAUUCCAUUCCUGUUGAUCAUGGCGACGUUGUUCAGUUUGUCGCAGGCGAUAUGAUGGAUUUUAUCCCCCAAGCAGAUGCCCUCCUGCUUAAGUUUGUCCUACACGACUGGAGUGAUGAGGACUGCGUAAAGAUAUUAAAACGAUGCAAGGAGGCAAUUCCUUCUAAAGAUAAAGGAGGGAAAGUCAUUAUCAUUGAUGUUGUGGUUGGAUCCUCCUCCCAAGCAAUGUGCUAUGGAACCCAACUGCUGUUUGAUCUAACCAUUUCUAUGCUAACACCAGGCAUGGAGAGGGAUGAGAAAGAGUGGUUCAAGAUAUUCAACGAGGCCGGGUUCACUGAGUACAAGAUUAGUCCUGUGUUAGGCAUUCGAUCCAUUAUCGAGGUCUUUCCAUAAGGCAGCAAUAUAGGAUGGGAAUUGAAAUAGUUCCCUUGUAUUAUUAUUAUUAUUAUUAUUUUCGAUCGGUGAUGUGCAAUCUGUGUUAGUGUUCUCAGAUUUUUUUUUAUUCGAAGCAAAGAGUUCCAAAUUUAUCUGCCAUAAGGGCUUUGUGUACUAGUACAGCUGCAACAGAGUUUGAAUGCAUUAUAGCAUGUAGAUGAGGAACAGAUUAGAUUAGAGAAAGGAUUGUUACGUAUGUAAGACUGUUCUUCCCCUUCUUUCCUAA